AUGGAUCAUUUCCGGAUAGUAGAAAAAAGAAAAAUUUGUGACAAGAUUGCUGGAAAGUUCUAUUUGACACGGGAGGAGUACAUUGCUCAACGCCCUGAAUGGUUACUAGAAAGAUGCUGGGAGGCUUUAGCCAUGGAAUGGAGUAGCCCUGAAUUCAAGCAAAGAUCUGAGACAAAUCGUGCAAAUCGCUAUAGCCAGAAAUUUAAACCUCACAAAGAAGGAUCAAACUCUAUUGCAACAAUACACCAAAAGUUGUCUAAAAAAUUAGGAAGAGAAGUGUCUGAUAUUGAGGCAUGGGUCCAUUCCCAUAGAGGUUCCAAUCCUGAAGAUAUUAGUUCAUUGAACACCGAAGAAGCCUCUUCAUGCUUGGAGAAAUACAAACUUAAGGUUGUUGAGUUGAAUAGACCUUAUUUUGAUUGGCUGCACUCUCUGGUAGAUGCUAGAGCUCUUUACCGAUGCUCUUGUGGUCGUCCACAUGGUAAAUGGGCUAUAUUCAAUGGGGUCAUUAAUGACAACGAGGCCCUACCUGAGUUGAGGAGCAGCCAUGCUAAUGGAGCACCAGCUAGGCGUCAACGUCAAGAGGAAGAGGAACGCUUAAGGAAGGAAGCUCAUGAUGGUCGUGCGGCGAAGGAAUAUGCCAAAAGUAUGUUCGAGUGGGGUGCAACGCAAGUUGCUUCCCACACCGGAAUGCCUGCCACUACAGUCCCUUCUCCCCAAGCUACUCCUCCACCGCCUUCAGCAUAUGUGGCUUCAUCAAGUCCAAAUCUCUCUCUUGACAAUCAGAUUGGUGCACUUGGAUCAUCUGUUCGAAUGGAAACUCCGGAGGAAACAUUGAGUAGGAUCGCUUACGGAGGCUAUCGUUGUCAUGUGAAUGCCACAAGUGGUGGCGGUACAUACUGUCCUGAAGAUGAAGAUGACGAUGAAUUUCCAUUGUUUUGA